AUGGGUUUCAGCUUGCGUGGUCUUCAAAGGCGUGUGGAUGUCCCAAAGGGUUGUCUAGCAGUGUACGUAGGAGAAAACCAGAAGAAGCGCUUUGUGGUUCCCAUAUCAUACUUGAACCAACCUUCAUUUCAGGAGUUGCUGAGUCAAGCUGAACAAGAAUUUGGAUUUGAUCAUCCAAUGGGUGGCCUCACAAUUCCAUGCAGAGAAGAUUGUGUGAAUAAACAUAAAACAAUGGGUUUUCGCUUACCUGGUAUUAGACGAUCAACAUCUAGUGCAAGUCAACAAUCUUCUUGCAAGGUGAUGGAAGUCCCCAAAGGAUAUCUUGCGGUGUAUGUUGGAGAGAAGAUGAAGAGGUUCUUGAUUCCAGUAUCGUUCUUGAAUGAACCUUUAUUUCAAGAAUUGCUGAGCCAAGCUGAAGAGGAAUUUGGUUACUCUCAUCCAAUGGGUGGUCUCACAAUUCCCUGCAAGGAAGAUGAAUUCUUAGAUAUAACUUCUCGCUUGAACCAGCUAUGAUUCAUACUGCAGAAGAUCAUGAUCCUAACAUAGAUCAGUUGAGAGCUGACACAAUUUUGUACAACAGGCUUUUUUCUUUUGUUUUUUGUUAUCUCCUCAAGAGGAAAA